CACCCCGUUCCCAUGACGCCAUAUGACGGCUCCGGACUCAAACCAGGAAGUGGACGCGCUGUUGUUUGUAUUCUGUGGUCUCUAAUCGACACGAUUUUUUCUGUUUUGAGCUGUCGUUUCUACGGGCCGAAAUGGCAACGUUUAUUUCUGUCCCGUUGAAAAAAUCAUCCGAGGUGGAUCUAGUGAAACCGCUGUCGAAAUUUGUCACAACUACAUAUCAAGGAUCCGAGGAGCAGGCGGAGUAUCUGCGCGCAGUGGAAGAGCUCAACAAGCUACGCAAAAGCGCUGUGGGAAGGCCGCUCGACAAACACGACAGCUCACUUGAGAUUUUACUUAGAUAUUAUGACCAACUAUGUUCUGUUGAGCCAAAGUUCCCUUUCUCUGAAAACCAGCUUUGCCUAACCUUCACAUGGAAGGAUGCCUUUGAUAAAGGAUCUCUAUUUGGUGGCUCAGUCAAGCUUGCUCUGGCCAGUUUGGGCUAUGAAAAAACCUGUGUGCUGUUCAACUCUGCUGCUCUGGCCAGUCAGAUCGCUGCAGAGCAAAACCUGGACAGUGAUGAGGGGUUGAAGGCUGCAGCAAAAUACUACCAGCUGGCCAGUGGCGCAUUUGGCCACAUUAAGGACACGGUGUUGUCUGCUCUGAACCGGGAGCCCACUAUGGACAUUUCUCCUGAGACUGUUGGUACCCUGAGUCUUAUUAUGUUGGCCCAGGCACAAGAGGUCUUCUUUCUCAAAGCUACUUCAGAUAAAAUGAGAGAUGGUGUCAUUGCAAAACUGGCCAACCAGGCAGCAGACUUCUAUGGAGAUGCUUUCAAGCAGUGCCAGUACAAAGACAACCUCCCUAAGGAAGUGCUCCCGGUGCUGGCAGCCAAGCAUUGUAUCAUGCAGGCCAAUGCUGAGCUCCACCAGAGCAUGGUGGCCAAGCAGAAGAAACACUUUGGGGAGGAGAUCGCUCGUCUGCAGCAUGCAGCAGAACUUGUAAAAACAGUAGCAUCUCGUUAUGAUGAAUAUGUGAGCGUCAAAGACUUGAGUGAAAAAAUCAACCGAGCCCUCACGGCAGCGAAAAAAGACAAUGACUUCAUCUACAAUGAGCGGGUUCCUGAAGUCAAAGAUCUAGAGCACAUCGGCAAGGCUGCAUUGGCCAAACCCACAGCCAUCACUCCUCCAAUUAGUCAGAAGUUUUCAGAUUUGUUUGAGAAGAUGGUUCCCAUGGCAGUGCAGCAGUCCAUGAGCAUUUACAACCAGAGGAAGGCUGAGACUGUGAACAGACUGGUGGGAACAAUGAGGGAGGCGACCAACCUCUGCAAUGGUGUGUUGGCAUCCCUAAACCUACCUGCUGCCCUGGAGGAUCUGUCGGGAGACUCAAUCCCACAGUCAAUUGUUGAGAAGUCUCAUGGCAUCAUACAACAAGGAGGACUUAACAGCAUCGAACAGCUCAUCAAGGACCUGCCUGAGCUGCUCACUCGUAACAGGGAAAUACUGGAUGAGUCUCUGAAGAUGUUGGAUGAUGAAGAGGCAACAGACAACGAUCUGCGAAGCAAAUUUAACCAGCGCUGGAACAGGACCCCAUCUGGCGACCUCUACAAACCCCUCCGCGCGGAGGGUGCUAACUUCCGCAACGUUUUGGACAAAGCAGUGCAGGCAGACCAGGUGGUGCGAGACCGCUACAAUACCCACUGUGAGAUGAUUGCUCUGCUGUGUAAACCAGAAAAUGAGUUGAAUGCUGCCAUCCCCUCUGCAAACCCCACCAAGACCCUGCAAGGAAGUGAGGUAGUGAAUGUGCUGCAGUCCCUGCUGGCACAACUUGAUGAGGUGAAAAGGGAGAGGGAGACCCUAGAGGGAGAGAUCAAGGCCGUCACCUUCGACAUGUCUGUCACCUUCCUGACAGCGCUAGCUCAAGAUGGCGCCAUCAACGAGGAGCAGCUCUCAUUGGCUCAGCUCGACCAGCUGUACGGCUCUUACAACCAGAGAGUACAGGCCAGCCUCCGCAAACAGGAGGAGCUGCUGGGACAAGUGCAGACAUCACACCAGGAGUUCAGUAACCUGAAGCAGUCAAACUCGGAGGCCAACCAGAGAGAGGAAAUCCUAAAGAAGCUGGCCUCAGCUUACGACAGCUACAUCGAAAUCAGCAGUAACCUGCGCGAAGGCACCAAGUUUUACAACGACUUGACAGAAAUUCUACUGAAGUUCCAGAACAAGUGCAGUGACAUUGUUUUCGCUCGUAAAACGGAGCGUGAUGAACUACUUAAAGAAUUACAGCAAAGCAUUGCACGUGAGCCUAGUGCUCCAUCCUUUAAUGUACCUGCUUAUCAGAGCACUCCCGCUGCCCCCGCUGCUGCCCCCGCCGCUGGACCCACACCUGCUCCUAGGACUGUGUUUCCUCAACAGCCACAGCAACCUCCAGCAAAGGCCGCUCCCCCAGCCAGACCCCCUCCACCCACCAUCACUCCCCAGGCAGCCACAGGACCUCCCGCCAAUCCGCCGCCCGUUGUCCCACCCACCAACAACCCCCCACCUGUGGCUCCUCCCACCCAGGCCCAGGGUCCCCCAUACCCCACCUACCAGGGUUAUCCAGGAUACUACCAAAUGCCGAUGGGUUACCCCUAUGCUGCCUAUGGACAGUACUACAUGCCAUACCAAGCCAAUCCAGGACAAGGAUACCCAGGAGCGCCCCCCACUGGGCAACCAUAUCCCGGUUACCCCCAACAGCCCCCUCAGCAGCAGCCCUACUAUCCCCAGCAAUAACUUUAUGUCCUUUGUUUGUUCCUCUGCUCAUAUGUUAACACCAAAUAACCCUCCAGCAAUAACAGCUUUUCUCUGCUGGCUUCCUCCUCCUCGUCCCACUCACCCGAUUAUUUUUUCCUCCCACUAAUAGCACCCAUUGGAAACCCAAAUGACGGCCGACCUCCGUGCUGCUUUGCUCUUCUCCCAAAACCCCUUCAUUACUUUGCCACUAUGGUUGCAUCUCAUCCUCCUCAAAUCUAAUGCUCCUGUUUUGAUUUGACAGCACUUCUCUGUAAUCUAACCUUCUUCUAUUGUUUAUAUGGGUAUUUGUACUGCUACUUUUCUAACAGUUUUUAUUUGUUUAUUCUUUGGGCUGGACUGCUGUACCACAUUUUUAGAGGCGCUCAAACAAGAGCACACUUUUCCUGCAAUGGAGAUGUGUUGAAAGGGUGGACUUAUCAUGCCACAUCCCCUGCCCCCCACAUAGGAAUAUUGUUGGUGAAGGAGCACUAUUUUUAUAAUGAACCCUGAUGCCUCGCUGAUGUAUAAACCUAUAAAAAGGAAUGGCCUGUAGGUUUUGUAAUGUAGACUGUUGAAAGUUUGGCUCUUCUGUUUCUCACCCAGGGAAUGUUGGUAUAUUUCUGUCUUACAAUCAGAAGCUGUACAACUGGGGAAAUUACUCUAUAUAAAUAUAUGUAUAAAAAGACUGUGGUUAACCAGGACACUUUGUGAUGCACUCAUGCUCUGUUUGUGUUAUUUUUAUUCCUCAGCUCUAAUGUGAUUAAAAAGAAUGACAGUAA